UCUUUAAAACUCUGCAUCGUCGCACUAUGACCAUUAUACAACCGGUCAAACUUCGUGAGAGUUGUGUGUUUAAGUACACAGCAGGUGUGUGUUUGCGUGUGUGCGCGUGCGUGUGGCAGUGAUGUCGAACGGGGAGCGCGUGGUCCUAGCGCUCGGGGGAGCGGGCACCGUGGGCUCCGGGCUGGUGAAGGCGCUUUUGGACAGAGGUUUUAAGGUUGCUGUGAUCUCUAGAGACAAGAGUAAACUAGAGAAGCUCAGAGGCUUUGUUUCGCCCUCCACCAAAGGCAACCUGACGACUCUGGUAGGGAAUGUUGGUUCAGAGCAGGAAGCUGAAGAAGUGAAGCAAACCCUCUUGAAGUCUGUGGGGAAGAUUACAGAUGUGGUGUCGUCUCUGGGCUUCAGCUGGUGGCAAGGAGGACCACCACACACCCAGCCUCUCAAAGAGCUCCACUGGGUUAUUGAGACACUUCUGUUCAGCACAUUUGUAUCAUGGAAAACAUUCUUCCCCCUGGUGAGAGACGAUCCCAAUUGCACCUACACAUUUAUUACAGGGGGCGCUGGGGAAAAGCUGCUGAUGCCAGGCACAGGCUUCUUGACGGUGGGCUCAGCCAGCACCCUGGCAUUUUGUCAGAUUCUGCGAGAAGAGUACCCAGAAAUUCCCUGCAAACUUAAUCAGGUGAAGAUCAACACAGGUGUUGGUACCCCAGAGCGCAUGGGGCCUGGGUACCUAAAUCAUGUGGAGUUAGGUGAGGCUGUGGCUAUGCUGGUGGAAAGGAAGAAUAAAUCUCACACCGUCUUCAACAUAAACUGCCCUGCCGACCUAAAAACCGUCAUCCUGUAACGAUGAGGGCAACCUGUAGUCUCCAUUCAUCCCUGAGCAAUGCCAUAAGCACCAUUCAGGCUAUCAGAAAUACAGCAUGUUGGUUAUACUUAGCAUCCAGUUUAUUAUUGUCUGUUUGUGUCAUUUACUUUGCAUGCGAAUUAAUACACAAAGCUUAAUCAUUGUCAAUGCUUUUCCAUUGUAUGUAGGUCAGAUUCACACAAUACACAUUAGAAAGGCACAGCUUCUGCAGGGUGUAGCUGUGUACGAAUACACUUGGUUUGAAAAUAGCAGUGUGACUCAGGAGGCACAGAAACGGACUACUUGGUAACGUGAGAAUGAAAGGGAAGAAAUAUCUUGGACUGCACUCCAACUUUAUAGUUUAAUCCAGGCUUCAGGUUGAUGGUAGAGUGUUAGGACUGGAGGAGGGAUCUGAUCUCCCUUGCGUGACUCCCUGCCCUGCUCACAAAUAUCCUUCAGUCUACAUCUGUUCUGCUUAUGUGGUUCCAGUUAUCCUGCACCACACCGCCAGAAAAUAAACAGAGCCGUGAGAGUAGAACGUCCAAGUGUCCCGACAAGGGAUAUCUCACAGAAGGUAGAUCUUUUUGUUUGUUUGUUUACUGUAAUGGUGUACUUUACAUAUGUGCUUGAAAAUGUAUGUCAUUCCAAUAAAAAAACUGAAAUCA